AAACAGUGGCACAUAUGUAUAAAAACUUCAAUUUCGUUUCAUUUUGUUGGUAUGUUUAGAAGUAUAUGAAUUAUUAAGGUCCAAAUUAAAGCACGGAGAGAGAGAGAGAGAGAGAGAGAGAGAGAGAUAGAGAUCCUUAUCGUCGUCGUCUUCUUGUUCGUGGUCGUUUACCAUGAGAAACAACUCCGACCACUACUUUAAUUACAAAGAGCGAAGGGCUUUCAGCGGUCCUCUGGACGCUCAUCCUCUUUCUAAUUAUAACGAUUAUAAUUCUAACGACGACAACUUAAGCUCCGAUUCUUCAUCCAGACAUUCCAGAAAGAGUGCCAGGUUCAACCUCCCACCCACCACCACCACAAUUAACGAUGACAGCAGCGACAACAACAAUGACGAAGCGUACGUGGAGAUCACUCUCGACAUUCACGACGACUCCGUGGAGGUUCACAGCGUUCAGGCUGCCGGAGGAGGAGGAGGAGGAGGAGGAGGAGGAGGAGGAGGAAUUCACGGCGAAGACCCGGAGCUGGCUCUGCUGGCCAAGCGGACUUUGGAGGGAAACAAGUCCUCCUCCUUCCUCCCCAGCACCUCCAGGCGCGUCAUCAAGCAGGUCUCGCAGGAGCUGAAGCGCUUCACUACCCUCUCCGGAAGGACUUCCACCAGACGCUUCGACCGCACCAAGUCUGCCGCUGCUCACGCCUUGAAAGGCCUCAAGUUCAUUGCCUCCAAGACCGGCGGCGCCUCUGCUGCUGCCGCCUGGCCUGCCGUCGAGAAGCGCUUCAACGAUCUCACUUGCAAUUCCGACGGCCUUCUUCAUUCCUCUCUUUUCGGCGAAUGCAUAGGAAUGAACAAGGAAUCUAAAGAAUUUGCUGGAGAGCUUUUUCGUUCGCUCGCUCGGAAGCAUAACAUAUCCGGCGAUUCCAUCGAUAAAGCACAACUCAAGCAGUUCUGGAUCCAAAUCUCCGACGAAAGUUUCGACUCCAGGCUUCAGACUUUCUUUGACAUGGUGGAUAAAGACGCUGAUGGAAGAAUUACAGAGGAAGAAGUCAGAGAGAUUAUCAGUCUCAGUGCUUCUGCAAACAAACUCUCCAACAUUCAGAAACAAGCAGACGAAUAUGCAGCGUUGAUCAUGGAAGAGCUAGACCCAGAAAAAGUUGGAUAUAUCAUGGUUCAAAACCUGGAAACAUUACUGCUGCAAGCUCCAAAUCAAUCGGUGAGGAUAACCGAUAGCCGAAUUCUGAGUCAAAUGUUGAGCCAGAAGCUGAAGCCAACUCAAGAGAACAACCCGCUAAGAAGAUGCUAUGAGAAGGGCAAGUACUUUUUAAUGGACAAUUGGCAGAGGGUGUGGGUUAUAAUGUUGUGGCUGGGAAUUGUUGGUGGGCUCUUCGCCUACAAGUUUAUCCAGUACCGACACAAAGCCGCCUUCGAUGUGAUGGGCUAUUGUGUGUGCGUUGCUAAAGGAGGAGCAGAGACCCUCAAGUUCAACAUGGCUCUCAUUCUGCUGCCCGUCUGCCGCAACACCAUUACAUGGCUCAGAAACAAGACCAAAUUAGGCCUGGCUGUCCCAUUCGACGACAAUCUAAAUUUCCACAAGGUGAUUGCGGUUGGAAUUGCCGUCGGGGUUGGACUGCACGCGGGGGCUCAUUUGACUUGUGAUUUUCCGCGCCUUCUCCAUGCAACUGAAGAAGAGUACGAGCCCAUGAAGCCUUACUUUGGUGAGGAGCAGCCUCAGAAUUAUUGGUGGUUUGUGAAGGGGGUGGAAGGGGUGACCGGUAUCAUCAUGGUAGUCUUGAUGGCCAUAGCCUUCACACUAGCCACCCCUUGGUUUAGGCGAAACAAGCUCAAUCUCCCUGGGCCCCUCAAGAAGCUCACCGGUUUCAACGCCUUCUGGUAUUCCCACCACCUUUUUGUCAUCGUCUACACUCUUCUCAUCGUCCAUGGCAUCUAUCUCUACCUCACCAAGACUUGGUAUCAAAAGACGACAUGGAUGUAUUUAGCAGUGCCGGUUGGACUGUAUGCUUGUGAAAGGUUGAUUAGAGCUUUUAGAUCAAGCAUCAAGCCUGUUAAGAUGCUCAAGGUUGCUGUAUAUCCGGGAAAUGUAUUGGCAUUGCACAUGACGAAGCCUCAGGGAUUCAGAUACAAAAGCGGGCAGUACAUGUUCGUCAAUUGCGCUGCCGUUUCUCCAUUUGAGUGGCAUCCAUUUUCUAUAACUUCAUCACCUGGAGAUGACUACCUGAGCGUUCACAUUCGAACACUUGGAGAUUGGACUGGCCAGUUGAAAACAGUUUUCUCUGAAGUCUGUCAGCCCUCAGCUGCCGGGAAAAGCGGACUGCUUAGAGCAGACCUGCAAGGAGGAAGCAACCCUGUCUUUCCAAAGAUAUUAAUAGACGGUCCAUAUGGAGCUCCAGCACAGGACUACAAAAAAUAUGAGGUGGUAUUGCUGGUGGGGCUUGGAAUCGGGGCAACACCAAUGGUGAGCAUUGUGAAGGACAUCAUCAACAACAUGCAGCACAAUGAAGAAGAUUAUGAAGCUGCAGACCCAUCAUCAAGUCAUAAUAAUAAGAACAGAACGAGUAAGUUCAGAACCAGGAAAGCAUACUACUACUGGGUGACAAGAGAGCAGGGUUCUUUCGACUGGUUCAAAGGGAUAAUGAAUGAGGUGGCGGAGAUGGAUGAGAAGGGGGUGAUAGAGCUCCACAACUACUGCACCAGUGUGUAUGAGGAAGGAGAUGCCAGGUCAGCACUCAUUGCCAUGCUUCAGUCGCUGCACCAUGCCAAGAACGGUGUGGAUGUGGUGUCUGGAACCCGUGUCAAGUCCCACUUCGCCAAGCCCAACUGGCGCCAAGUCUACAAGAGGAUUGCCCUCCAACAUCCCAAUGCUCGAGUUGGUGUGUUUUACUGUGGUGCUCCAGCACCGAUCAAGGAGCUAGGGAAACUGGCCUCCGACUUCUCCCACAAGACCUCCACCAAGUUCGAAUUUCAUAAAGAGAAUUUCUAACUAGAUUUCUUAAUUUAGAAGCAAAGAUUAUGUAUGUACACCAGACCAAAUCCAAUCAUGUAAAUUUACAUACAUGCCUCAGUUAGAUCUUAACCUUCAAAAGAAAGGAAAAGAGGACGGAAUUAUUGGAAGAGGUUACUAAUUGACGUAUAGAGCAAUUCUUUUUGCACCUAAAAAAAAAAAAAAAAAAAAAAAAAAAAAAAACGAAACAAAAAGGUAGAAAGACGCUUGUGAUCAUUCUGCUGGAAGGUACUCUAUUGGAUCCAGUAAGGUGGAGAUAGAGGUUGGAAGCCACCAGCACCUAAUUGCAUAUAAGAAUGCUUUCUCAAUUUUGUUUUGUUCUAUUUUUUUUCAAAAAAAAUCAUAUCUGCAAUAGUAUUCAUCGUGCUAUCCGCUUAUUGUACACCGCGAAAUGAUUGUACCCAAAUUAAGCAAUUGAGUGUCGAAAGUUUAUUGACA